GGCGGGCGAAGGACCAGUAUAAAGCAGCAGGUGCCUGUGCCUGUUCCACCUCACACGCAGUGCCGGCCCGAGUCUGUCCUGCCCCCUCCCCACCCGGCCCAGCACCACCAUGACUCCGGGCGUCCAGGCCCCUUUCUUCCUUGUGCUGCUGCUAUUCCCGGUGCUUGAAGUCCACAGUUCCACCUCUUCCUUGGCCACCAGCCCUGCCUCAAGCUCGACCACCACUCCAGACCAAGGUGCCACCCCUUCCCCGGCCACCAGCCCUGCCUCAAGCUCGGCCACUGCUCCAGUCCAUGGUUCCUCCUCGUCCCUGGUCACAAGUUCUGCCUCAAGCUCAGCCACUGCUCCAGUCCAUGGUACCACCCCUUUUUCGGCCACCAGCCCUGCCUCAAGCUCGGCCACCCAUCCAGACCAAGGUGCCACCCCUGCCCCGGCCACCAGCCCUGCCUCAAGCUCGGCCACCCAUCCAGACCAAGGUGCCACCCCUGCCCCGGCCACCAGCCCUGCCUCAAGCUCGGCCACCCAUCCAGACCAAGGUGCCACCCCUGCCCCGGCCACCAGCCCUGCCUCAAGCUCGGCCACCCAUCCAGACCAAGGUGCCACCCCUGCCCCGGCCACCAGCUCUGCCUCAAGCUCGGCCAUGACCCCAGCCCACGGUACCACCCCUGCCCUGGCCACCAGCUCUGCAUCAAGCUGGACCACCGCUCCAGACCAAGGUGCCACCCCUGCCCCGGCCACCAGCCCUGCCUCAAGCUCGACCACCGCUCCAGACCAAGGUGCCACCCCUUCCCCAGCCACCAGCCCUGCCUCAAGCUCGACCACCGCUCCAGACCAAGGUGCCACCCCUUCCCCAGCCACCAGCCCUGCCUCAAGCUCGGCCACCCAUCCAGACCAAGGUGCCACCCCUGCCCCGGCCACCAGCCCUGCCUCAAGCUCGACCACCGCUCCAGACAAAGGUGCCACCCCUUCCCUGGCCACCAGCCCUGCUUCAAACUCUGCCACCGCUCCAGUCCAUGGUUCCUCCUCGUCCCUGGUCACAAGUUCUGCCUCAAGCUCGGCCACCGCUCCAGACCAAGGUGCCACCCCUGCCCCGGCCACCAGCUCUGCAUCAAGCUGGACCACCCAUCCAGAAUCCAGUGCCACCCCUGCCCUGGCCACCAGCUCUGCCUCAAGCUCGGCCACGACCCCAGUCCACGGUACCACCCCUUCCCCGUCCACCAGCCCUGCCUCAAGCUCGGCCACUGCUCCAGACCAAGGUGCCACCCCUUCCCCGGCCACCAGCCCUGCCUCAAGCUCGGCCACUGCUCCAGUCCAUGGUUCCUCCUCAUCCCUGGUCACAAGUUCUGCCUCAAGCUCAGCCACUGCUCCAGUCCAUGGUACCACCCCUUUUUCGGCCACCGGCCCUACCUCUAGCUUGGCCACCCAUCCAGACUCCAGUGCUACCCCUUCCCCGGCCACCAGCUCUGCUUCAAGCUCAGCCACUGGUCCAGUCCACGGUGCCACCACUUCUUCAGCCACCGGCCCUGCCUCAAGCUCGGCCACUGCUCCAGACUCUGGUGCCACCCCUUCCCCGGCCACUAGCUCCGCUUCAAGCUUGGUCACCACUCCACUCCACGGUUCCUCUUCAUCCCCAGCCACCAGCUCUGCCUCAAGCUCAGCCACCACUCCACUCCAUGGUGCCACCCCUUCCUCGGUCACAAGUCCUUCCUCAAGCUCAGCUGCCACUCCAUUACACGAGGGCACCUCUGCCAAGGCGACCACCACACCAUCUGGCAAGGACACGCCAUCCUCAGUUCCCAGCCACCCCUCUGACACUCGUACCACCCCUGCCAGCCCCAGAACCAGGACCGCUGUCAGCAGCACUAACGGUGGCACAGUGCCCCUCACCUUCCCCAGCCGUAGGAUUUCCUUUUUCUUCUUGUCCUUCCGUAUUUUGAAUCUCCCAUUUAACUCUUCCCUGGAGGACCCCGGAACUAACUACUACCAGAAGCUGCAGAGAAACAUUACUGAAUUGUUUUUGCAGGUCUAUGCACCUGACAAUUUUCUGGGCUCCUCUGAUGUGAAUUUCAGGCCAGGAUCUGUGGUGGUGGACUCCAUUCUGGCCUUCCGAGAGGGCACCACCAGUGGCAAUGACGUAAAGGCACAGUUUGUUCUUCAAAUACAAAAAGCAGCUCAGUACAACCUGGACAUCUCAGGAAUUAGUGCUGGUGAUGUGUCGUUUCCUCCCUCUGCCCGGUCUGGGCCGGGGGUGCCCGGCUGGGGCAUAGCCCUGCUGGUGCUUGUGUGCAUCCUGGUCGCGCUGGCCAUCGUCUAUCUCAUGGCCCUGGCUGUAUGUCAGUGCCGCCGAAAGAACUGUGGGCAGCUGGACAUCUUUCCAACCCGAGAUGCCUACCACCCUAUGAGCGAGUACCCUACCUACCACACCCAUGGGCGCUAUGUGGCUCCUGGCAGUACCAAGCGUAGUCCUCAUGAGGAGGUGUCUGCAGGCAACGGUGGCAGCAGCCUCUCUUACAUGAACCCAGCAGCCACUUCUGCCAACUUGUAGGGGCAAGUUGCCUCAGCAUCCAGCCAGUGGCCUCCCGCAUGGUCUUCACUGCCAGCGCCCCCUCCCCGCUCUGGACCUCUGGACCAUUUAGCUGGGAGUUCGAGUGGGUACUCAUGGCCUCCUUCGCAGGCCCCACCAAGUUCCCUAACCCACCCAGCCCUAGUGGAGCCUGGCAGGGCUCCGGGGAACAUGCCCCCAGAUGGGGGUGGGGACGCACACAAGGCUGAAUAAACUGUGGGCCCGCUCUGCUCUUACUGCCAA